CUGAUCACUAGAAGUAUAUAAAAUUAAUACUUCCACAAUUCUAUUGAAUCGUACGAGAUCCUUAACGAGUACAACAGUAUGAAAGCUAUAAUUACAUUGUGUUUCACAUUUACGUUUGCACAGGUAGUUGUGAGCCGAGUUCGAUAUGGCGAUCGAACUAUUCGCCAGGCCGUUGAAACGGCCGAGGAAGGACAACUUCAACAACCACCUGUUGCUCUGCAAUCACUUCCUUCGGCAAACUCAGUUGCUCCUGCUUUGAAUUCCCAGCCCAAUUUUCCUGCCGUAUUAUCAACGAGUUCUUUAGAAAAUGUUCAACCUACAUCGUCAUUCGAUCAGCCACAAUUACCAUCAAAUCCAAUCGUUUCACCUAAUAGUACUCCUAGUUUCGAUGGUACUUCGAAUAUCCCUGCACAAAUUCCUCCACCGAACCAACCACUUACUUCAACUUCCCCUUUAACACCUUCCUGCUCAAUUACAUCUAAUUAUGGUACGUAUCAGCUAACUCCUCGAACGUCACAAUCUCAAAUUCUUUCCAAUCCAAUCACAUCUGCUUACGAUGUUUCUCAAUCUGCAACUUUAACACCGGCAUCUCAAAUUUCAUCCAAUCCCACUACAUCUCCUAACAACAAUCCUCAAUUAACACCCUUGAUACACCCAUCCUCCCAAGUUGUAUCACCCAAUGUAAUCACAUCCUACAAUAACUUCCCGAUACCGUCUUUGCAAUAUCCAUCCCAAAUCCCAUCCAGUCCAAUAUCAUCUCCUAACAGCAUUUCUCAAUCAGCACCUUUGACAUAUCCAUCCCAAAUUCCAUCUAAUCCAACAGCAUCUCCUUACAGCAUUUCUCAAUCAGCACCUUUGACAUAUCCAUCCCAAUCGUCCAAUACGAUUACUUCUUAUACUAAUCCUCAAGCAACACCUUUAACAUAUCCGUCGCAAAUUCCACCUAAUCCAAUCACAUCCCCUUAUGGAAUUUAUCCUGGAUUUUCAAAUCUUCCUCAACAAGCUCCUAUUCAAGGAUAUCCUUACGCUCCAGUAUCGCCAUAUGGUACUCCUUAUAACCCAUACUACUCGCAAUACUCGAUGGCCAACACGAAUCCUCAAAUGAUGUAUGGAGGAAUGCCACCGUAUCAAAUGCCAUACAUGCCAUUUGCUCCAACACCUUCCCUAUCAUCUACGAUGAACUACACUUCAGCUCCAGUUCCGUACAGCAAUCAGACUAGUCCCCAAAUUACAUCACCUUAUCCAGCAGUUCCACCUAAUUACAUUCCAGCGUCGAGUGACGCGGACCAGUUGGCAACACCAACGGUAGUCAGUUCCACGGGUGAAAGUGGCACCGACCUUAACUCAUUGCCACCUCAAGUGAAAGAAUUCAUCGACAUGAUACCGCAGAUUUUAUCCAUGGAUGAGUCAUCGCAGCCCCAAAAUACACACGAUUUUAAACGACCCCCGAUGCGAAAAUUCCCCAAAUUACCACCUACUCGUAGUUCAUUGUUAAAGAAAAAGCAAUAUUAUAACUCCAAUAAUUAUCCAUCAGCGUCCUAUUCCGGUUAUUCUCAAAGAUACGGCGAUUACUAUUAAAUGAUGUGUGUAUCUUAGUAUACGUAGACGUACCGUAUGUAUUUAUUGCGAUGAAAAAUAUACUUUAUCAUUUUUUAUGCAGA